AUGUUCAUACUUACCACGAUUCAAGACUUGAUACAAAUCAAGCCGCAGGACUUCGAGAAGCCUAGCGCACAAGCUAUCAAAGAUGUAGUCAACGACAAGUACAGCAAUAGGAUCGUUCCUGGCAUUGGCCUAUGUCUCUGUAUGUGGGAUCUAAUUUCUGCGACCGAGGGUUUGAUCGGUCACGGGACUGGGCUUGUCAACGUUAACAUCGAAUUCCGUAUGACUGUCUUCCGCCCUUUCCGUGGCGAAAUCAUCUACGGACGGAUCAAGUCAUCCAACGAAGAAGGCAUCAUUCUUGACCUGGAAUUCACAUCGGAAGUCUUCGUUCCCUACCAAAAUCUACCAGAGAACUCGUCCUUCUCUAAAGCGGAGAUGGUGUGGAUCUGGAACUCCGAAGGCACAGAACUUUUCUUCGAUAAGGGCGAGCCAGUUCUGUUCAGGGUAGAGCAUGAAGAGUGGUACGACCAGAGACCGACAAUUAUUGAAAAGGAUGAGAAAGGCGAGAUCAUCGAAGAGAGACCGACGGCCUGGAAGAUCAUCGGCUCAAUGGCUCAACCUGGUCUUGGUCCUACUCUAUGGUGGGCUGAAGGCGGAGAAGAAGAAGAGGGCGAGGAAGGCGAUGUCGAUAUGGAGGGUGCCGAGGAAUGA